AUGAAGAAAAGGAUGCCUCGGAAAGGUAGGAGAUCCCAGGCUCAGAAAGUUCGUUGGAGAAAGUUAGACCUGACAGGACAGACGAGCGUCAGCCAAGGCGUUGCUCAGUUUUCGGAUAGACCGCAGUACGAAGGUGGCGACAACACAUCUAGAGUCAUAUCCGUGCAGGCUUCUCACUGCCAGAGUGAUGCAAGUGAGGGAACUUCGUUCGAACAGCCUGAUCUUGACAGGGUGCUAGAGGAGGGGGAUGCUUUGUAUGUUGGCAUUAAAAUGCAGCUUAUUGCUGAAGGAAGAUUCCGUCAGAAUCUUCUAAGCAUGGCUGAAGUACCUGUGAGCAUCUCAACUUCUAACCACAACUACAGCGUCCAAAAGUCAGAAGUUGUGAUGGGGUAUCUGAGAGACAGAGGAACUCAGGAAAUGGACGCGUGGUGGAUUCCUCUUGAUGAAAGACUUCAGUGUCUCUCAUCAGAUGUCAGUCAUGCACUGCUUAUUGUUUCUCCAGAAUGCUUGGCUGUGUUCAGAGACAGAUCUGGAAAAUAUGGAUUUUUUGAUUCCCAUUCCAGAACUGCUGAAGGUUUACCACAUCCUACUGGUAACGGAACGGCAGUUAUGCUAACUUUCACCAACCUUCAUGACAUGAUCAACAGAUUAUUUGAGCUUUUUUGGAAUCGUGGUCCUCAAGCUUGCUAUGAAUUCAUGGCCGUUUCAUUUGAAAUGGAGCAACAGUCUGAGGAACCAUGCUCCUCAUCAGCUUGUGUGUCACAAGAAACUUUAUCUCUCCCAAAACCAGCAAAUGUUGGCAUCAAAAUCCCUGAAAAUCAUGUCCUCGCAGAAGACAAAAUUCAUGAUGUCACAAAGAUUAUUAAAAGAAGCAAACCACAAAGAAGAAAAGAAAUGCGCAAAAUUGCUAAUCAAAAACAAUGUGUAGGGCUCAAGGAUAUGACUCUAAAUUUUGAUGUCCAACGUCAAAAAAAAAGGGAACACGAGAAAGAGAAAUACGCCACCAGUUUGCAGUUUCGAAUGAAGAAAUUACAGGUCAUCAAGGAGAAGUAUAAUCAAGAUCUUUUUGCCAGAAAGAAAAAGAGAGCAUAUAUGACCAAGAGAUACAACACCGAUGCUCUUUUCCAGAUGAAGAAGAAAGAAUAUAUGACCAAGAGGUACAGCACUGAUGUUGUUUAUCAGAGGAAAAAGAAGGAAUACAUGGUCAGGAGGUACAAGACGGAUGAUCUUUACCAGAGGAAAAAGAAGGAAUACAUGGUCAAGAGGUACAAGACGGAUGAUAUUUUCCAGAAGAAAAUGAAAAACUACAUGGUCAAGAGGUACAAAAUGGAUGAUCUUUUCCAGAAGAAAAUGAAAAACUACAUGGUCAAGAGGUACAAAAUGGAUGAUCUUUUCCAGAAGAAAAUGAAAAACUACAUGGUCAAGAGGUACAAGACGGAUGAUCUUUUCCAGAAGAAAAUGAAAGAGUACAUGGCCAGAAGAUAUGCAAUUCCAGAUGAGCGAAGAAAGGAGUGGAUCUGCCACACCUGUGACAGCCAUCUGAAGAGAGGAUCCAUGCCUUCUAUUGCGGCGGCAAACAGACUUGAAUUGCCUCCCAUCCCUGCAGAACUGCUUGAGCUGAACGUACUUGAACGACAGCUUAUCGCCAAAAUUGUUCCUUUUGCAAAAAUAGUUGCAUUGCCAAAAGGACAGCAGCGAUCAGUGUAUGGCGCUGUUGUGUGUGUGCCGUCUGAGGUGGAGAAAACAGUUAACUGUCUCCCAAGGCCUAACAGUGAGUCCCAGCUCCUACAGGUGAAGCUGAAAAGACACAUCAAGUUCAGAGGAUACCAACACUUCCAUACAGUGAAUAUGCACAAUGUGUUAGCAGCGUUAACAAAACUGAAAGCAAUGCAUUCAGAAUACAGGGACAUCUUGAUUAGUGACGCUACCACAUUUGAAUUUCUCGCUGAUGAUGAGCUGAAUGCCACAGAGGAGAAACAGGAAGUUGUUGUCUCUGAACAGGAUGAGCAGCAUGUCAGCACAGAAGAAAAGGAUGAGCUCAGGCCUGGCCUCACUCUGGACACAUGCAUGCAGCCACUCGACAUUGGACAGGACUUGCUGUCGUACGGUGAGGGAAUCUUCAGCAUUGCGCCUGCUCAAGGGAAAAAGCCAGUCGGAUUUUUCAAGGUUCCCAAAUUGGAAGCCAUGGCUUUCCCCGUACAGUUUCCCACCGGACAGAACACAAUCGAUGAGGCACGACAAGUUGCAUUAUCACCAAGCAUGUAUUUCAAUGCUAGACUGUUCUGCGUGGAUACUCGUUUUGCCAAAGACCAGAGUUAUCUCUUCUUUGCGCAGUUUGUCACUGAAACGCACAUGGCUAGAAACAGCAUGUCUAUCCAGUUGCGAAAGGGCAAACCUGUCACUAAAGAUGGACGUAGAAUCUCCAACAAGCUUCUUCAGGAUGAUCUUGAGGUCGAAAGACUGGUCCACAGCCGUGAUGCAACAAGGUUUAUGCAACCCCUGAGAGGCACUCCAUCUUAUUGGGAGAAAACGUUGAGAGAUCUACAGGCCAUGAUCAGGCAGUUAGGGAAUCCUACUUUUUUUUGCACAUUCAGUGCAGCUGAAAUGCGAUGGCCAGAAGUGAUAACGGCAAUCAAGGCUCAGCAAGGUGAAGAGGUCGUCUUUUCAGAGCUUGACUGGACAACGAAAUGUGAAAUCCUCCGAAGUAACCCCGUCACCGUCAUGCGGAUGUUUGAAAAACGAGUGGAUGCAUUAAUGAAUCAUCUGCUUUUGUCACCUGCUCAACCCAUCGGCGAAGUCGAGGAUUACUUUUAUCGCGUGGAGUUUCAAGCUAGAGGAAGCCCACACAUUCAUCUGCUGGCCUGGGUAAAGGGGGCACCCGAAUUCGAAAAUCAGUCCGACCAAGUAGUGUGUGACUUUAUUGACCGUUACAUAACCUGCCAGUUGCCGGACCCUACCACCGAUCCCGAGCUUCAUCAAAUUGUCACCGAAGUUCAGCUUCACAGCAGGAAGCACUCCAAAUCUUGCAAGAAAGGAAAUGUGUUGUGUAGAUAUGGGUUCCCUAAACUUCCCAUGUCAAGCACCACCAUCACCCGUCCACGACCACAACGUCCUGAGGAAGAUGAAAACGAAGAACAACACCACCAAGAGCGAAAGAAGAGGAGACCGGAUGCUCCACAACGUCCUGAGGAAGAUGAAAACGAAGACCAACACCAACAAGAGAGAAAGAAAAGAAGACAGGACGCUGCUCGAAAAGCAAUGAAAGAAGCCAGGAAUAAACUCAAGCCAGUGUGGGACUUGUUAAACGAUCCCCAGGCCUCCUUUGACAACUUGUCAGACUUGCUGACCAAAUGUAAUCUGUCCAUGGAUGAUUACUGUAAAUACGCUGAGGCACUGUCCACUUCAAACGUGAUUUUGCUGAAGCGUGAUCCAAAGGAGGCUUGGGUGAAUGGAUACAACCCAGAUUUGCUGAGGGCAUGGAACGCUAACAUGGACAUACAGUUCGUUCUUGACUCUUUCAGCUGCAUUAUGUAUAUGUUGUCCUACAUUUCCAAGCCAGAACACGAAAUGAAUGAUUACCUGAAGACCGUGAUCAAGGGUGUUCGUGAAACAAACGUUAACGAAGAGGACGAAAUGAAGCAGAUAAUGCAGGCCUACUCUAAACACAGGCAAGUGAGUGCUCAGGAGUCUGUGGCACGGACAUGCAGCUUACCAUUGAAGAAGUGUUCACGAAAUGUUGUGUUUAUACCGACGGACGAUGAUGCCCUGAGGAUGAGUUUGCCCCGUAGUGUCCUACACAGCAAAGAUCCUGAUUCAGAGGAUGUCUGGAUGUCAGGUAUUAUAGAGAAAUACAGAGCAAGGCCUCGAACACUGGAGUUUGAAAAGAUGUGCCUUGCAGACUUUGUGUCGAAUUACCGUGUUGUGUAUGGUCGGCAAACUAAAGGAAAGAAUGUCCUCCCACUCCUCAACGAUAUGGGAUUCAUUCAGAAGAGAACUGUUGGUAAGGCUGCAAUUGUCAGGUAUGCUCGCUUUUCGGAGGAGAAGCAACCGGAGAAGUUUUGCGGAACAAUGGUAAAACUUUACGUGCCACAUCGUGUCAACGAACAGCUGAAACCUCAAGGGUUUCCAACGUAUCAGGAGUUUUACAAAAGGGGACUUGUAGAACUCCCGUCACACCCCAAUUUCCGAUUCCCUGUUCGUGGCUUAGUUAAAGCACAACAGAAGAAGUUUGAAAAGCACGGCAAAAAAGUGGAUGAAGCAUAUGAACAGCUGCAGCGGGAAGGACCAUCUGAAAAUGCUUGGUGUGCUUUUGCGCCUGAAAUCGACGUUGAUCGGAUGGAGUGUAUUGCAGAACAACAAGAGGUCCAUCCAGAAGAAAAUGAACAGGAUGAUGUUCCAGAAUACCAGAUUCGUCGUGAAGAUGGAGACGGCGUCGUACCACAGAUUGAGGCACCACAGAUGACCAAUGAAUAUCUGAGGAAGAUGUUUAGGAGUCUAAAUGAGACGCAGGCAGCAAUUUUUUACACUGUCCGUCAGUGGUGUCAGAAGCGUGUGUGGGGUCAAAAUCCAGAGCAGUUUUUUUACUUUUUGUCAGGCGGUGCAGGUUGUGGUAAAUCACACGUCAUCAAGUGCAUACACUCGGAAGCAACUAAGAUUCUGCGACAACUCCCUCGACUCCGGGAAGAAGGAGAUCUCUCCGUGCCCACGGUGUUGUUGUCUGCGUUUACUGGAACUGCAGCAUUCAACAUCUCUGGUAAAACGCUGCAUUCCCUUUUAAAACUGCCAAGGAGUCUGAAGCCACCUUAUCAAGGACUUGGGAACGCCCUUGAUGAAGUGAGAGCAGGAUUACGCGACGUGGAGAUUCUUAUCAUCGACGAAAUAUCCAUGGUUUCAAAGGAUCUGUUCACAUACGUAAACUGGAGAUUUCAGCAGAUCAAAGGCAACAAGAAACCUUUUGGAGGAAUAUCUUGCCUCGUCGUAGGGGAUUAUUAUCAACUGCCACCGCUUGGUAAAGCCAAACCGCUCUGUGUGUAUGAAGAGGAUAUGCUGGACUUCUGGAAGGACCAUUUUCAAAUCAUCACACUCACAGAGAUCAUGCGGCAGAAGGAAGACCUCGCUUUCGCUCAACUUUUAAACCGACUACGAGUGAAGCAGAAGACAGAAGCUCUCAGGGAAGAUGAUAGAGCUUUGUUAUUCCAGGCUGUGAAGAAGCCAGAAGACUGUCCACGUGAUGCUCUACACAUAUUCGCCACUAACAAAGAAGUUGACAAGUACAAUACCGAGAUUGUACAGGCCCUCUUCACUGACAUCAUAACAAUUGAUGCCGAAGACUACAGGAAAGACCCAAGAACAGGAAGGAUGAAGCGAUUAAACAAACCUGUCACUGGAAAAAAGGACGACUUGCUGGACACAAUGCAAGUUGCAGUGGGAGUUCGUGUGAUGGUAACCAGGAACCUGGAUGUAGAAGAUGGAAUUGUCAAUGGAUGUUUUGGCACGAUUGCAAACAUCGUCACCAACACAAAAGAUGGAAUCACCACAGUACAAAUGUUAGGACUUCAACUCGACAAUCCGAACGCCGGUCAGAAACACCGCAAAAAGGUACGAGGUGAAGAAGACGUCUUGGUUUACAUUGAGAAAUCUGAAGAAAGUCUGAGGAAAGGAGCCGUUCGUCGACAGUUUCCAAUUAAGCUAGCUUACGCCUGCACAGCCCACAAAGUACAAGGCAUGACAAUGCACUCUGCAGUAGUGUCAUUGAAGAAGAUUUUUGAGCCGGGAAUGGCCUACGUUGCACUCAGCAGAACAACUUCUUUACAAGGAUUACACAUUACGGAUUUCGACGACAAGAAGAUAUAUGCUGAUCCUGAAAUCACAACCUCUUUGCAAAGCAUGAGAAGAGCAAGAGUUGAAGAAAUCAUGCCACUUUUGCAGCAUGUGAGGGAAAAUAGGCAGGAACAGACACUCACCAUCAUUCAUCACAACACGGAAGGACUGGCAUCUCACAUGGAGGAUAUCAGAUGCCAUCAUGAGCUACAACUCUCUGAUGUUCUGUGUUUAACAGAAACACACCUGACUGGAUCGUCUACUUCAGAUCUCCAAUUGGAAGGAUACAACUUGUUCACACGCAACAGGCAUGUCUCCUACUCCACACAUCAAGAACUUGGAAGGAAAAAUGGAGGUGGAGUCGCAAUAUAUUGCAAGGAGCACAUUCCAACUCAGCCCAGGCAAUAUAUACAAAAUGUGACUGAUCUGGAGUUUGCUGUGAUCAAAUUGGAUUCCCCAAUAAAAGCAGCAGUCGUAGCUGUGUAUAGGCCACCACAGUACAGUGUUGGAGAUUUCUUGACCAACCUGAACAGUAUGAUGGAUUACCUGGACCUCACACACAACGAUCUCGUCAUCAUCUGUGGAGAUUUCAACGAGGACCUCCUACACCCUGGAAAAAAACCUAUUCUGGAGUUGUUUCAAUCUCGAGGAUACACGCAACUGAUUACAUCAGCGACGACGGAAAAGCACACACUACUUGACCACAUCUACAUUUCAAAUCCGGACUUCUGUCAUCAAUCGGGCGUGUUAGAGACCUACCACAGUUACCACAAUCCUGUGUACUGUGUAUUGCGUUUUUUUCCAUAGGUGAAUUGCCCGCUAUACCAGGUCACUGGGGCCACUGAAUCAGCAUUAACGACAACAGUGGGGCAACACCAGCCUUAGUUCCCCAGUGGCUUCUGUAUGAGUGGUGUCUUGGCCUUAAGCCAUAUUGAACUGAGGUUCCAUUUAACCUCCUUUAUCGAUGGCAGUGACGUUGCGGUUAUAUUGUGUUGUUCGUGUUAAUAUGAAGGUGUUGUGUCCCUGAGUUAACUAGAGUACAGCAGCAGGAAGGACGAAGGAGUAGUGUGACAGCUCCAGGCAGGACAGGAAGUGAAGGCAGCAGAAUACAGGACGCAGUCAGGGUUAGUGUAAUAACUCCAGGGAAGACACAGACAGUGAGAGCAACAGCAGCAUUGCAGGAAGAUUUUGGAGACCAUAGCAAUCCUCUGCAACACUGGAUAUGAGUGUGCAAUAUACCAUCUAAAGGAACCGGCGAGUCAGAAUGUCUGAGAAGAUCAAGUGUGCUUCACCACUGAUGAUGAUGAGCUGGAUACCAUCUUAUGUGCUAAUUUCUUUCAAGGACGGGACCAGAUGUGUUUGGAGUUGAAGACAAUGCUGAAGACCAAAGAAGCAAUGGAAGAAGCACAUUAAAGCAAUGAGGGUGUCCAGCCUGUUUGCCAUGUCAGAUCCAGCGGCUAGAUGGCGGGAGAUGCUUCAUUAUACCCCUGAUUGCCUUUAAUCAUUAGAUGAUCGAUUAAUCAGUUUUAAUAUAUAUAUUUUUAAAUCAUCUUAUUAUAUAAAAUAAUUGGUCUCAGUUAACUAUUUCAUAUAUUAGCUUGAAUAAUAAUGUUUUUAUAAUGUGUACGCCAUGCCCGAGGAGGAUUGGUUCCCCCUGAUGAGUCUGGUUCCUCUCAAGGUUUUUUAUCUCCUUAAGAGUUUUUUCCUUGCCACCGUCGCCUCUGGCUUGCUCACUGGGGGUGUUGUGUCAAAUCCUGUGUCCCUCUCGCAUCCCUGCCGACCAGGGUUUCUAAAACAACAGUUUGCGACUCAAUUCAUAAUUUUUUUUUUUAAAUCAUAGAAAUUUAAACAAAUAAAAGUGAAAUCAUGUUAUGGCUUAGUCACUUAAAGCAGAAAGCCCUGUGAUGCUGUGAUUAACAGUGCUUUCAGAACUGCUAAGGGGUGUUGUUUUCUGAAAUCACAGGGCUUAUGUAUGGCCUUAUGCCCUUUAUAAACACUUGUGCAGUAAUAGACGCAAUCAUGGACUGUAAUUGAGUAUUUUACAAUGGCUUUAAGUGCAACAUCCACAAGGUUCACUUUAUUAAUACAAUAAGUCAAACACUUUCAUCACUAUUCUGCCAAAAUAGAAACUUAACUUAACUAAUAGAAACAAAAUAUCUGCAACAGUCAGAUAUUUGUUUUUCAUUUUCAUAAUCGUAUAAUUGUAAUAUAAAGUUAAAAUAAUAUUUAUAUGUGAGCUAGUAUGACAUUUAUAGGGUGGGAUUUGGCACAACAGGCGUUUUCUAAAUCUUUUAAUAAACAUUUUGGUUGAAUUGGCA